AGCUCACGUAGAGAGCAGCUUCAGAAGGUCAGUGCAAAAGUUUGAUCAGAAUUCAGCAAAGAGGAGGAAGCAAUCACUAGGUAUAAUACUAUCAGGACUCGGGAGGAAGCAAUUGGAAAAAGCAAUCAGCAGAGAAAAAGAUCCACCCAGGUCUAGAUAAUCAUACAUCAAACUUUCAGACCUCAGUAUAGUGUAAGAAUUGAGAUGCUGAGCUUCUUCCAGUUCUAGCUGAGCUGGUCCAGCAAGAAGACGAGUGGCUGUGCAGUAACCCUUCAUGUGUGUCGGUCUACCUAUAAGUAUCCUGGAAAGGAAGCAGAGCUUUAACAGAGCUGUCGGCCUAAGUAGGAAAGCUCCACUUUUCUUCCGCCAGCUUGGAAGAUGCAGCUGGUGUAGCAACAUAGAGUGAUCCAAUCCGGACGGGGAAGUAGUCAAUGUAUCAUAAAAUCUGAAACAAUCCUGCUCCUGUUCACCUGUCUUCACAAAGACGAACGUAGUAGUUGCAGCUGAGUUUUUCGGCCUGCUGCACAUUGUGCUUGGAAGAGAUUUAAACUUUUACAGACUGACAGUGAGAGUCACCAGGUCUGAUAAGGAGACAAGAAAGCAUCUCUGGGAGCUUGGCUUGGAUUAGAUAAUUCGAAGACUUUUUCCAUAUACCAGGUGCUGGCAACAUGUCAAAGAAGCGAGGCAUGUCAUUGGAAGAAAAGCGAACUGCAAUGCUUCAGAUCUUCUAUGACUCUCAGGACUUCUUUCUCCUGAAAGAGCUUGAAAAGCAGGGACCAACGAAGGGCGUAAUCAGUCAGAGCAUAAAAGACGUUUUGCAAAGUCUGGUUGAUGAUGACCUCGUUUUCAAGGACAAGAUCGGAACAUCUGUCUACUUUUGGAGCCUUCCUUCUCGAGCUGUGAAUCAGCUGAGUCAAACACGAAGUGCCCUCGAAUCCAAGCUAGAGAGAGCCAAGAAGAGACGACUCGAAUUGGAAACCAGGAAGGAAGAAAGCACCAGAGGCCGAGAAAACUCAAGUGGACGGGAGCAAGCAUUGAAGCAGCUCAAGGAAGCAGAGGCCAAAAGCAAAGCUCUGAAGGACGAACUUGCCCGGUUUGCAGAUAAUGAUCCAGCAGCAUUGGAGGCAAUGAAAAGCGCCUCGAAAGUGAUGCGGGAUGCUGCCAACCGUUGGACAGAUAACAUCUUCUCCUUACAAAGCUGGUGCGCGAACAACUUCGAACAUAUGAGGGAGGCGCUGGCCGGCCUGUACAAAGAGAUCGGCAUCCCGGAAGAAUUUGACUAUCUUGAAACCGAAGAAUAGGAGACCGUUUUGCUGUGGAGCGUCGCUUUUACAGGCAGUUGUUGCUUGGGAAGGUACCUACUCUCCAGUUGACAGGUGUCUUUUCUAUGAACAGGGCGUAUGCCCAGAGAGAUACGCAUAACGAUUGCCAUGGACGGUCGAUUCCUGCAGAGACAGGCCGUUGUUGCCCCCUAUUUCAUACAGCAGAGCACGCAAAAUGUACUGGGUUUGUAAUUUAGUAGCACAGAAUGCAGUGGUAGUCCAAACUGCGUGUCAACCCAGGCCGGUGUUUUAGACACAGGUGCUAGGAAGCUGUCCGGCGCAUGCAGCUUUUUGUCAACAUCAUCAAUUCUUAUGACUCUCGAGGAAGCUAGCGUGCACCUGAAA